AUGGAUCCCUCCCAGGUCAAAGUCCCUCCUAUGAAAAACCUCACGGUGGACAACAUCACCGAGAAUGUUAUCCGCAUCAACUCGCUCUGUGAAGACGAGCGAAUGAAGUACGUCCUCGAGCGACUCGUCUCGCACCUCCAUGACUUUGCGCGCGAGACCAGACUCUCCUCUGCGGAGUGGAUGACCGGGUUGAAGUUUUUGACAGAGGUCGGACAGAUCUGUACGGAUGUUCGACAGGAGUACAUUCUCCUCUCCGAUGUUCUUGGUCUCUCCAUCCUCGUCGACUCAAUCGACCACCCCAAACCCGCGGGCAGCACAGAAGGCACAGUCCUGGGCCCCUUCCACACACAUGAAGCCGAAGAAAUCACACAAGGCGGACUCAUGUCCUCCGACCCCAAAGGCGAGCCUUUGCUCGUGGUCUGCACAAUCAAAGACACGGCGGGUAACCCCGUUGAGGGUGUGAAGAUCGAUAUCUGGGAGACGGACUCGACGGGGCACUAUGACGUGCAGCACGCGGACCGGGCUGGCCCAGACGGCCGGUGCAUUAUGCGCAGUGACAAGGAGGGUGUGUUCUGGUUUAAUGCUAUCACGCCGGUGCCGUAUCCGAUUCCGCAUGAUGGGCCUGUUGGGAAGUUGUUGAAGAAGCUGCACCGCCACCCGUAUAGGCCGAGUCAUAUGCAUUUUAUGUUUGAGAAGACGGGUUAUGAUCAUUUGAUUACGGCGCUGUACCUCCGAAACGACCCCUUCGAGACAUCCGAUGCUGUCUUCGGUGUCAAGGACUCCCUUGUCGUGGACCUCGGAAAAGCCGGACCUAAGUACGCUGCUAAGUACAAUGUGUCCGAGGACCAAGCCCUGCUCACAUACGACUUUGUUCUUGUCUCCGACACGGAAACGAGCGAUCUGCGCGCGAAGAACUCCAAGGAUGCCCUGGAUAAAUUAGGGCGGAAGGUCAAGAUUGUGAAUGGGCUGCCGAUUCCGGACCUUGACUAG